GUCGUCCUCCCUCCAGCCGCCCGCCAUGGCUCGCGCGGGGGCCCUCUCCUCCUCCUCCCCCCCACCCCCGCUGCCUCCCCUGCCCCUGACCCGGGAAGCGGCAGAGGAGGAGGAGGAGGGGGGAGAGGGGGGAGAAGAAGAGGAGGAGGAGGAGGAGGAAGACGAGGAAGAAGAGGAGGAGGAACCCCCACCCCGGGCUCUUGUGCCACGCUCCUCCCCGGUGCCCAGGCCCCAGCACCCCACCGCCCCCGGGGGGAGCAGCUCUUCCUCAGAUGAUGACGACAACAACAACAACAACGAGGAGGAAGCCCCGCACCAGCACCCUGGCUUAGCAAGGCCACUCUCCCAGCAUCCUCCAGGCCUGCCUGGGCCACUUUCCCAGCAUGCUGUGCAAGAUGGUCAAGGGCUGCUCUCCCAGCAGGCUCAAGGGCAGCCGCCGCCAGGCCUCUUCUCCCAGCAUCCCCCAGAGGUUGCCACGGCGGCCGAGGAGCCCUCCCAACAUCCUGCCGGCCGGCACGUGCUGUUCGCGGAUGCCUUGGGCCUGCCCUUGGCAAGCUGGCGACGCUACCAGCCUUGGCCGCCACCUUCGCCUGAGUCCCCCCCUGAGGUGGUGCCCCCUUUAGCUUCCCUGCCGCCCUCCUCGGCCGCUCCUUACCUUUUGCCUUCCUUCGUGUUGCAGCCUAUGGGACAAGGUGAGGAGGAGAAGCUGGAACGCCUGCGCCAGACCAAGGUGGAGUUGGAAGAGGUGUUGCCACCAGAGCCGGGAGAGCUACGGGUGUUGCGUGGCACUGUGCGAGUGCUCAACAUUUCUUACCACAAGGCGGUACACGUGCGGGCCAGCAGAGACAGGUGGCAGACUCACCGGGACUAUCCUGCCCUCUAUAUCCCAGGGGGUUCACCAGAUGGGGGCCUGACUGAUCGCUUUGCCUUCCGCCUGGACUUUGGUGAGGAGGAGGAGGAAGAUGAGGAGGAAGGGGGAGCCCGGCUUGACUUUGUGGUGCGCUAUCAGACUGAUGAAGGUGUCUACUGGGCCAACAACCAGGGUAGGAAUUACAGCGUGAUAUUGAAAGGGGCAGCACCUUUCCAGGGUCUGCCCAAGAGAUCUGGCAGAGAAGGUGAAUUACGUCGGCUCAAGAGCUGCAUGAGGCCGAUCAAAACCAGGUCAGGGGAGAAUGAGCUGCAAGUGGAAGACCUAGCUCAGCCUGCCUGUACUGAAGAAAUGGGACCCAAGAUGGCUCACCACAAAAUCAAGACAGAGGGCAAUACUGAACAAGAUGCGGCCAGUGAAUUAUCAAACUUUCCUACAUUGCAACCCUCACCUUUUAUGACACAGAUUCCAGAACUCACAAUCACCGCCGAUUCCCCUGUAAAGAAGGAGCCUUCCAAAGACCACCCUCUGGAUUUCAUGGAGUCCUCCCAGAUGCUCACCAUCAAGGCCCAUCCCUCAUCCCAUGAGGAGCUGAAAGUGCCAUGGGGCUUGGUGCUGGGAACCGAAACCCAUCCUUCGGGGCCGUGGGAAGUGCCUGAGUUCAGCAAGGGGGAUCUCACCACAGAGGGCUCUUUCCUGGAGGACUGCAUGGAGGACCAGCUGAGAAGAUACCAAGAGCUGCCGUACCGUGUGGAGGAAGAUGCCAUAGACCGGGAGCUGGAGCAGCUCUACCUUUCCCACUUGAGCCGGCUCCGAGCAGAGGAGCUUGGAGGAAGAGGAGAGUGGGCUGAGGAGGGCUUGGGCAACUCCAGCAGCCCCGCGCCAUCUCUUCUUGCCUUGCGGCAGAGUGUCUUGACUGACCGUGACUUAAUAGUCAACUGGACAGGCCCCGAGAGAGCACUCAACAGCUCCCUGGCAGAGGAGAUCACCCUGCACUAUGCCAAGCAAAGGGGUGAUGACUCCAAAGACAGUGAGGAGGAGGGAUUCACACCCGGGUAUGCAAACCUGGCACCACCUGAAUUGAUGGGACCAGGCCGUGAGAGCCCACCAGUCUUACUAGAAGGCUGCUUUCUCAAUCACUUGGAAGAGGGAAGCGUUCAGCAGGACCCAGCCAAGGGCUCCGAUUCCUUAGUCAGCUUAAAAGUGGUGUCACCCAACACCUUACGACCAGCCACCCAGGAGGCCAUGGUGAUGCCUUUAGUGGUCCCAGCCCGGACAUUCAUGCCCCUACCAAAGCGUCCCGUGGAUAUACCAUCCAGCCCUCUUUUUGGUGCUCAUGCACAAAGCAAAGGCCAGGGCUUCUUGAUAGGGCAAGGCAGCCUCUGGCUGGGUGAGGGGCUACAGGUUCACAAGCCUCCUAAAACCAAUCCCAGUUCUCAUCAUGAACUUGAAAAGAUCCUGACACGCUCCCUGCAGUUCCUUGGCCUCUUUGUCUUCCUGCCCGUGAUGUUCAGCAGCUGCAUGCCCCUGGUGGCUGUUACGCUUUACCUCCUCCUGGAUUGGUUCUCAUAGUUUGGCAUCCCUCUCAGAGGUGUUGAAGGGACUUUCCUGUAGCUUAGCGCCAUCCUGUUUCUUCUACAGAAAACCAUGGUUUUUAUGAAUGAAGAAGAGAGAGAGAGAGAGAGAGAGCAGAAUAUAAGAGGAAAGUCAAACCCUCUUGAAAGGUGAUGGCAUGUCUAAGUUAUGGCUGCU